CAUCAAAGGGCUAGGUGGUUGAGCCGCUGAAGGAACGAACAGCUGCGGGAACAAACAGAGAGGCAAAGAGAAGAAGAACUGACUGAGGCACGACAAUAUCCCAGCGGUAUCCCACGGUAUCACAGUGAAUGUUAUAAAUGUUAUUCAUAUGAAACUACUUUAUGCCCACUGCAUCAGUUCGUUGGGUAUCUUGGCCAGCUAGUACGAUUUCAGCAUCUUCCUUAGAUCUCAAGCAAGAAGAAGUCCUUUACCAGCUCUAUUGGGUCUUAUCCUGCAGAGCAUCUGGUCUGUCAUUUAGGUGUCACUCACAAAGUUCCAGAUCUCCUGUUCUGCUGGGAGAGAUGUAAUCUCAUAGAGGUACCCUGGUGGCAGUAAAAAUUUUGCUUGAAUACUGAGGGUGGGGGGCAGGAUGUUGUUGUUGUUUAGCCGUUUAGUCGUGUCCGACUCUUUGUGACCCCAUGGACCAGAGCACGCCAGGCACUCCUGUCUUCCACUUCCUCCUGCAGUUUGGUCAAACUCAUGCUGGUAGCUUCGAGAACAUUGUCCAACCAUCUCGUCCUCUGUCGUCCCCUUCUCCUUGUGCCCUCCAUCUUUCCCAACACCAGGGUCUUUUCCAGGGAGUCUUCUCUUCUCACGAGGUGGCCAAAGUCUUGGAGUCUCAGCUUUAGGAUCUGUCCUUCCAGUGAGCACUCAGGGCUGAUUUCCUUCAGAAUGGAGAGGUUUGAUCUUCUUGCAGUCCACGGGACUCUCAAGAGUCUCCUCCAGCACCAUAAUUCAAAAGAAUCAGUUCUUCAGCAAUCAGCCUUCUUUAUGGUCCAGCUCUCACUUCCAUACAUCACUACUGGGAAAACCAUAGCUUUAACUAUACGGACCUUUGUUGGCAAGGUGAUAUUAUCUUUAAAUUCUAUUUUUUCCUUACUAUUUUAAGAGUUCGCUCCACUACAUUGUCACGUGAAGGAACCCAAGAUGAAAUACCACUUAAAAUGAGGAGGUAAAAUGGCAGCCAAGGAAAAGUCCCCAUCAAUGAAGCAAUGUAAGCACUUUCCACUUUUAUUUAUGCUCACUCCUUUUCCAACUGCUCAUUAACUACUACAUUCUUAAUUAAAAGCUGUGUUAACGGUCUACUCCAUUAUAUGGUUCUGAACAUAGGAUGACGUGAGGAGCCAAUCCGAAUGAGCAGUUAAAAUGGCAGGAGGUCUGACAUUCGCAGAAGGCAAGCUGUUUCUGUUUGUAUUUUCUCUUCAGAGGAACCCAGGACAACAGGACCCACACUCUCCUCUUAGGAGUGAGGCCCAAAUAUGUCCCUUCUGCCCCUCUGACUCCUCCUUCCUUCUAUCCUCCUUCCUUCCUUUUGUCUUGGGAGUGUGAUAUCAAGGGGGGGGGGCAGAAGGUUAUGUCUUGGUUACUGUACGUUUCCGAGCACAAUUCAAAGUCUUGGUGCUGAUCUUUAAAGCCCUAAAUGGCCUCGGUCCAGUAUACCUGAAGGAGCAUCUCCACCCCCAUCAUUCUGCCCAGACACGAGGUGCAGUGCCGAGGGCCUUCUGGCGGUUCCCUCACUGCGAGAAGUUACUGCCAAGUUACAGGGAUCCAGGCAAAGGGCCUUCUCAAUAGUGGCACCCAUCCUGUGGAAUGCCCUCCCACCAGAUGUCAAAGAGAAAAACAACUACCAGACUUUUAGAAGACAUCUGAAGGCAGCCCUGUUUAGGGAAGCUUUUAAUGUUUAAUAGACUAUUGUAUUUUAGUGUUCUGUUGGAAACUGCCCAGAGUGGCUGGGGAAACCACUCCUGCCCCACCUUUCUGCUUUCAGGAUGCAAACCACCUGGCAGAGUAUUUUGAAGGUCAUUAGAACCCUGCUGGAUCAAACCAAAGGCCUAUCUAGUUCAGCAUUCUGUUCUCACAGUGACCAGCCAAGUGUCUAAUUUUAUGGUCCUUGUGAGGUUAUCCCACAGCCAUAGGAUUUUGUGGACAUUCCUUUCCAUGAACUCCUUGUUGCAUCUGCAGGAACUUUAGCCGCUGUCCUUCUUUUGCAGUAAAAGGGAUAAAAAGGGUUAGCUCAGGGGAUGGUGGAAUAGAACAAGUUUAUAUAUAUAUAUAUAUAUAUAUAUAUAUAUAUAUAUAUAUAUAUCACUGAGACUUUGGAUCUUCUUGAUCCAAAAAAAUUCCCCUUCUUCCAAUGCCUCCUCUUUCCAACCAUAUCAAUGGGAGGUUUGUUGUUGUUGUUUUAAAAAAAUGCCUAUGGGAGGAGAGGAGGAGGAGAGCAGCCAGGUCCCAUUUUCUGCCCUGCCAUCAUGACCCCAGCAGAAAUUUGGAUUUGGUUGCUCUUCCACCAAACCAGUAGGAUUUCCAGUAGGGAAAAUGCAUAAGACUAUUAUACAUCUCUAGAUCAGAAGCAUUGUGAGUUCAGCGGUAAGAACCCUCAAGAUCUGAACCAAGAAAAGGCUAAGGAACUAGGACCUGGGAGAUCAGGGUUCAGAUACUCACUUGACCAUUAAACUCAUUGGGUGACAUGGGGCUAGUCACUGCUUCUCAGCCUAACCUACCUCACAGGGUUGUUUUGGGGAUCAAAUAAGGAGGGGGGAGAACCAUGUAUGCCACCUUGAGCUCAUUGGAGGAAAAAGUGGGGUUAAAAUAAAAUAAAAUAAAAUAAACCACUUUAGGAAACAGGAAAUCCAUGCAACAAAAAGAGGUCACCAUGCAGUCUAUACACUUGUAUCCAACCCAUUGUAUUUCUGGUCAUAUUGAUCAGAUCACUCACUAUCAGAAGUCUCUCCCCGACCCCUUGCAAUAUUUAGGAAGUAGUCUGUUGUGUAUGUACAUUACUUAGUGUUGUGUAAUUGCUUUAUAUUUAUUUUAAUGCAGAUUUUAAAGAGAAGUUGUUGUUUUACAGUGCCACAGGAUGCAGCUAAAGAAAGAGCUUCCAAGUCCCAGUUUAGUUCCAGAACUAAUAUGGAAUCAAAAAGUAACAUAGGGUCCCGAUCCAACGUGGGGUCUAGAUCCAAUGUGAGUUCCAGAUCAAAAAUAGGAAUGAGAAAGCGACAGCAAUAUAUGGCAGGUAUGUACAUUGCACACCUAGCAGUGGUUCAUCUCCACCCCCAUCGUUCAGCCCGGACACUGAGGUCCAGCGCUGAGGGCCUUCUGGCGGUUCCCUCAUUGUGAGAAGUGACGUUACAGGGAACCAGACAGAGGGCCUUCUCGGUGGUGGCACCUGCCCUGUGGAAAGCCCACCCACCAGAUGUCAAAGAGAUAAACAAGUACCUGACAUUCAGAAGACAUCUGAAGGCAGCCCUGUUUAGGGAAGUUUUUAAUAUUUAAUGCUGUAUUGUUUUUAACACUCAAUUGGGAGCCACCCAGAGUGGCUGGGGAGACUCACUCAGAUUGGGAGGGGGGGGUAUAAAUAAAAAAAUAUUAUUAUUAUUCAUCCUGUAAUGAGAAGCACAGAAAGGGGAGGUUUUCUGUUCCUGUCUGGGGCCAUGAUGGCAGCUCUCCCAUUCUUGGGAGAGACUCAGACAGAGGGAAGAUGGGUUAUGUGAGGCUGUAAAACCUCCUGAAAAUCCCUGAGGUGAUUCCAGGAAACAGGGUACCCGUGGCCAUCUGCGUACCCUCUCCUGCCACCAAAGAAGCUGGGUCUUCAACUCCCCGUCACAGAGGCUGCCUCCAUAGAACACAAUGGCAAGCGGCAGAGCUCCUUCGAAAUUUGGAACAUUGGACUAAAAUUAAAGGCACCUCUAGGCCCUGACAGUGUGUGUCAUGACAUCACAAUGUGGGCGGGCCCAGGUCAGCGCCGCUGAAAUGUGUUGUGGGAGCUGUGGUUAUUGGUUAGGUUCUUGUUUUGAUGAUGUAUUUUGUCUUUUUUAUAUUACAUUUUCUAUGUUGUGAACUAUCCGGAGAUAAAGGACAGUAUACAAAAAAAAAUUUUUUUUAAGCGUUAGUCCGAAACAUAUAGAGAACAUCAGGUUGGCAAAGGUCGCUGUAGUAGAACGCUUUCCCCAGGGAGUCUCGUCUGGCACCUUCAUUAUAUAUAUUUAGGAGCCAGGUGAAAAUGUUCCUCUUCAACCAGACCUUUGUCUGAUUAAUUUUCUUUGUACUUUUAAAUGUGCUUGGGGGAGGGGGGAGGCUACGGCUUUGAUUUGCUCUUGUUCUUGUUUUAAUUAUGUAUUUUGGACUUUUAUUUUUAUUUUUAUGUUAUGAACCAUCCUGAGAUCUACAGAUAAAAUUAAAUAAAUAAAUAGUAGGGGUGAUAAAUUCUUUUAUAGAAAUAUACUCUUCUACUUAGGAACUACUGUCGACCCAAAUGUUUCUCAUUUUAAAUUAGUUUUGUUACCUGGCUUCAAGAACUUUAAUUAACUUCAUCUGUUUAUUUGCAUUUUCUUGACUCAGUUGAUACUACUGCUAAUACAAAUUAACUGGUUGUUCCCAGACUUCUGCUGCAGGGAAGCAACCACAUAUGAUGUCAGGUGUGGAGAAUUCAGGCAUGCUUUGGGGAAAAUAUAGAUUAUUUAAGACAGAUACAUUUUGAAAACGCCCCUGAUGAUGUAUGGAUUCAUUCAAAUGUUUUGUUUCUUAAAGCAUUUGUUUUUGUUGUUGUUUAGUCGUUUAGUCGUGUCUGACACUUCGUGACCCCCUGGACCAGAGCACGCCAGGCCCUCCUGUCUUCCACUGCCUCCCACAGUUUGGUCAAACUCAUGCUGGUAGCUUCAAGAACACUGUCCAACCAUUAUAUAGUUAUAAGCAUUAUAUAGUUGUAUAUAUGCAAGUGAUAGUAUAUAUAAGCAAGUACUACAACACACACACACACACACACACACACACACACACAAAGGACCAAGCUAUAUUACUAACUGAAGCACAAGUCUUACGUUGGCUCACUGUAGUUAAAGCCAAAUUUUCUUUCUUUUUUUUGUCUUUCAAGGGAAGCUAGCUGCUUUUCAAUCUCCUGUUGGUACAUUUAUUACAAUAAUGAUGUGCCUGAUCCUUUUUUUCGCCACCAUUGGAGCUGUUGCUUUUUGUAAGUUCAAUUCCUUUUGCAGAGAAAAGCCUUUAGUAUUAUCCUGACUUGGUUUAUUUCGUUGUGAAUAUUGAUUGAUAAGACUAUCAAUCUAGCCUCUUCUAAGACCUUUUACAUCCUCUUAAUUUCAAAGAGUGAGCUAAGGGUGUGGUUAAAUCUUGCCUGUUGAAAUAAACACCGCUGAAAUCUUGUCCCUAGACACUUUAGAGCAGAGGUUUUCAACCACAGCUCCCUUGACCAACUACACUCUUUCUGCAGCUCCUCUGUAGGGCUCAGGAGCCCAGUUAGGUCACCCCUUGCCUGGACAGCUGGCAGCCCCUCACCCCUUUUCAAACACCCUCCCUUAAGGAGUAUUCCCUCCUCCCCUUCGCCCCAGCCAGCAUGGUGUAGUGGUUAAGAGCAGUGGACUCAUAAUCUGGUGAACCAGGUUCGCUUCCCCGCUCCUCCACCUGCAGCUACUGGGCGACCUUGGGCUAGUCACACUUCUCUGAAGUCUCUCAGCCCCACUCAGCUCACAGCAUGUUUGUUGUGGGGGUGGAAGGGAAAGGAGAUUGUGAGCCGCUUUGAGACUCCUUAAGGGGAGUGAAAGGCAAGAUAUCAAGUGCAAACUCUUCUUCUUCUAUAUCAAGUGCAAACUCUUCGUCUUCUUUUCUCCUUGGGAGUCCUCUGGGCAGCCGCUGCUGCUGCCCUUGGUCUCUGAGCUGCCCCCCCCUUGCCCCAAAGAGAGGUGCCUCCUCUAAAUGCCCCACAGGGGCCUGGGAAGCUGCUUCUUCUUCUUCUUUGGCGCUCACUCAUAGUCGAGUAAGAUUGUCUUCCAUGAACACAGUCUUAACAGUGAGUCCAUAAGUGACUGUGGAGGCUAAUUCUGGAUCCACACAUCCUUCCACAGUGGGGACAUAGGUUUCCGGGCAGGAGUUGAUCGUGGUGAGGGUUUGGCAAAUGUGCCUUCCUCUUAGCCCGUUUCUCCCUUUCUUCCUGAGUUCAAGCAUCUACCAAGUCCAUGACACCUUUGGUAAAGACUGUUCUCCAAUUGAAGCUCUCACAGGCCAGUAUUGCCCAAUUGUCAGUGUUUAUAUAAUCUUUUUUUAGAUUUGUCUUUGAGAAAGUCUUUAAACCUCUUUCACUGUCCACCAGCAUUAUGCUUUCCAUUUUUAAGUUUGGAAUAGAGUAGUUACUUUGGAAGACAAAAGAUGGCAUCAGAGCAGAGAGGGGAGGGAAGGAAAGAGGGACAGAGGCCAGUGCUGCCCAUGGCAGCCCUGACCAUCAUUCAAGGCACUCCAGAGUGCCACGGCACACUGGUUGAAAACCACUGCUUUAGAUACUUCAUAAGCCAACCUAGCUUUUGGGCUUCGGAAACUCACCUGUACAGAGUGAAAAUGUGGGUCCAUUGAGCUCAGCAUUGUUGGAACCAGAGAGAGCUCGCCUUGUUUUUUAGGCUCCAAGCAAAAGAGAGGCAGUUUUGAUUAAUACAAAUUGUGUAGUGAAGACCUUUUUACUUGUCCAGACCGUGUAAAUUUAAUGCAAUUUUUGCUGCAAUGCUGCCCGGUCUUCUAGUCUGAAGAUCUGGUUGUGAAGUGACUGCUUUCUCUGGUGUUGAAAAGAGGCUCAGGGAUAAGGCACAGGGAAUGUUGAUUCAGUAUCAGCCCUGAUAAUCCCAAGGUAGGAGUGCAGCCAUACACGUACUAGUGUGCUGGAACACCAUUUCUUUUCCUCUUUUCUAGAUCAUGAGCGAUCGAAAAAAAUAGUCUCCCUACGAACAGCAGUUGCGAAGAUUAGGGAGUUUAUGAUCAAAAAGCAACCAUCCCUCAAACGCAAGAAUGGUAAGCAAUGAGUUGUUUGGUGUCCGUCUGUCUUGGGACACAAUGGAAGAGUGAAGUCAAAUUGUUUGAAGGUUACAGCACGUGCUGUGGCUGUAGAGACCGAUACAGGAGAGACGUGUUUUGCUGUAGCUGGGGCAGAUGAAGGUGUCCGGUUGUACUAUUGUAGAGGCACCAUGGCGCUUGUUCUCUCUGCACUCCUCCCAGCACUCAUUCCUCCUCUGGCCAUUGCUAUGGAUGCACAACCCAUCCCCAGCCACUGCAGUCGUCUGCAAGGGAUUCCCACAUGGUGGGGCUUCAUGUCACAUCUUUGUAGCGCAGAUUUGGUAUGCCAAUAGGCCUGGUGCCUGAAGCCAGCUCCAUGUAGAGUACACCUUUGGGUAUCCAAGAAGGCAAUGGAUUAGAGUUAGUAAAUUCAGAACCCACCACACCCAGGGUUAUUCUUCUGCAACAGAACUUAUUUCCAGUCUUGUCUCAGCAAGGAGCAUAGUGGAUGGGUUGUGGUGGGACUGGGUUAGGCACAGUAUCCAUGUGCAACAUGAUGCCCACAAUGGCACCCAUAACCCCCUUCCCAAGAAAGAGGGGCAGCUGUUCCCCCAGCAGUUGCUCAUAGGACUAGAACUUUUGCAGAUACCACAACUUUGGUCAGUAGUUUAGAUAGCCAAAUCUUUCCCACCUUAUGACAUAAGUAUUUUGGCAUGGGCUCAGUAAAAAGCAAAAGUAUACACUCGGGGAUUCCAUUUGGGUGGAAGUUUGAGCUGCUUUCUGUCCUUGGUGAUGUGAGACAGGAUUGCUCCUAUAUGGGUACUGUAUUAGAAUUCUGCUCUUCUUACAUCAGGUAGAAUAUGACAAGCCACCAGAAUCUGGGAAAUGGCUUUCUAAUAUAUCUGUAUAGCUGUUGAGAUACAACUGCCUUGAAUUGUUUGCAUCCUUUAGAUUCUGUAAUACUUAAAGCAGCUCAGAAGUUGGCAGAAGAAUUGCUUGUAUGGGAUGCCAAAGCACGUGAAGUACAAGCUGGAAUUGGUAAGUUAUUCUGAAACAGCGAUGCUUAAAUUUCAUAGUAUGGAAAGAACCCACCUUGAGACUACACUUACUGAGAUUCCCUCAUCUGCAUAUUUCUUGAAGGUACAGUUUCAACUAAACUGUCAAUCAGUCUCAAAUACCCCCCUCCUAGAAAAGGUGUAUGGAGGGGGAGUCCGUUGUGUUGGUUUGCAAGCCCCCUCCACAGAGGCUGGCCCCUCUCACUGUCCUAGGAGCUUGCUUACCAGUAACCUCCUCUGGCUGAUAUCCAGACAGACCAGGGAGAUUUUGAUAGGCGACAUUUUCCCAAGCGUGGGUAAAAUGCACAACCCCUCCUCCUGCUUCCGCAGGGGAAGAAAAUAAGUCAGAAAUCUAUUUACAUGAUGUUUAUUUCUGACAUUCCAGCACUACAGAAAAACACGUCCUUUCAGUUCAGUUCUUCUAGCAAGUCUGACAAACUUCCUGAACAUGCGCACACAGAAGGUUUCAAGUUACACUCUUCACAAAGACUUAUCCAGCCUGUGAACGUCCUGGGAAACUCUUCUUUCCCACAGAUAGGCGCAUCAUGUGAUGUCAACAAUCUGGCUGUCUGCAGCGGUGAUGUUUCCAUAUACUGACAUCCUCCCCCAUAUGAAUCAUCGUUAGCUGCGGACAAAGCUUGAUCCAGAGAAGAAAACAAACAGUUGUUAUACAUAUAACAAUCCCCUGUUGUUUCAGUUCCACCCUUGGAACUACCCGCCACUGGUUUCACCAAUGUAACUCUCUGGUUGUCUGUUUUCCAGGAAUGAGUGCAUCUGCAUUACCUUGGUUAGGGAAUGUAGUGUUACGUUUAGCAACUCCCUGUUGUGUCUUUGUCUCUGACUUAGACAUACCCUUAACCUGGCUUGAGUUGUCAACAAUAGUAAUACAUGCAACAGCUGAACUAGCAAACUCUUGAGAAUACCUCUUUGGUGGUAUGCCCUUUGUGAUUCUCUCAGACCUGCGUAUGAGGUGCUGAUCCUCUUUGCUGACUGGUUCAGUCUCAGGACUUUUUGGAGAACCAGUUCCAAUAGUAAACAGUGGUUCAUCCUUAACCUGUGAAGAUCUAGCCAUUGUGUGUGAACCUUUCUCAAUAACUGUGUCAACAGAACUCUCUGAGCUUUCUGUGUCACUUUCAGUAUCACUAUAAUCAGAAUAAUCAAAUUCAUCAUCUGAAUCAUCAGCAGUGGGAAAUGUGUGAAAAAUUACUCUCUCCUGUCCAGGAGCACUUUCUAGAAAUUUUGUGAGAAUCACCUGACCAGAUUCAGACAAAAUUACUCUGUAGAGACCCUUUUCAUAACCCACAAAAGUGCCUCUGGCAUUCUUUACCCCAUCUGGAGUUUCUGUCCUGAUUUGAGAUCCAAAAACCUUAAAAUGUGAGACAGAAGGUUUCCUGUGGAACAGCUUCUCAAAAGGAGAACUUUCCAUACCUUUCGAAACCUUUCUCACCCAAGAGUAACAAAAACAUGAUAAAGAUUCAGCCCAAAACUCAUGUGGCAAGUGUGAACUCAGCAAUUGUGCCUUCAUGCCAUUUUGCAACUCCUUGUUCACUUUUACACAGACAGUUUUGUUCCAUGCAGCUUCAGAAACAGCAACCUUGUGCUCUAUCCCUUGCUUCUCCAGGAAAUCCUGAAAAUCAUGUGAAAGAAAAAUUGGCUUUUCAUCUGUGAAAAGAAAAUCAAUAUUAGCAUCAUGAAUACUCUUAACCUUAUCACAAAACUCCUUAAACCUUUCUAAGGUUUCUCUGGGACUCUGCAACAUGUAAAUUCAUACAUAUUGAGAAAAAUGAUCAACAAAUACAAGAUAGUAUUUUGCAUUGCCUCUAAAUGGUGCUAAAGGACCAAUUACAUCAGCAUACACUUGCUGAAAAACACUGUUUAUCUUUGUUGCCUUUCCACUCGAGUCUUCUUUCGAGAUACCUGCAAGAGAAAGCAUUUUAGAUUCACAUGCUGUGCACAUUUUAUAAUCAUUUUCAUCAAAUGUCAACAGAUACAGUCCGUCUUUCUCUCUGGCAGAAAGAUACAGCUCUCCAUCUUUGUAGAUUUUGCAGCUUUCCUCAUCAUAGGAUAACACCAGUUUCUUCUUAGUUAUUUGAGAAACACUCAGCAAAUUGUACUUUAAAUCUGGAACAAAAUAAACAUUGUUUAUAGUCAAGUUCAGGCUUUCUAGAUACACAGUUCCGAUCCUGGUUGCUUCCAUUUCCUGACCAUUGGCCAGUUUCACAGUGAAGCGUUGCUUCUUAAACGUAGAAAACAGUUCUCGGCGUGACGUCAUGUGUUGCGUCGCUCCUGUGUCUACAAUAAAUGAGUUCUCCAUGGAUGAUGUGGCUUUUAGGGACAUCAAAGCCAUAUCUGGUUUUGCCUGGGACUGGGUACGACCUUUGUUUGAGGCCUCAGGCUUUACAGAGAUCCCUCUAGCUCCUUUCUCCUGAUGUGGUGUCUCCUGACGAACAGCGUUCAGAGCUACAGCUUUCUCCUCUGUAGCAAUUGUAGUGGGGAUGCUUGAUUUCUGAGCUUCACUCCCCCCAUCAGCAACAGCCAUUGCAGCAAAAACAGGAUCAUCAUCAGCAACAGCAUCAUCAGCAACAGUCCCUUCACUUCCCUGUUGUGGCUCAAAGCUCCUCCCAGCUUUCGAUGAGCUCUCAAGAAUUUGGCUAGCUUCAUCUUGGCUCUCCCCCUUUGGCGCAACCAAUUCUCGGUCCUUGCUUCCCACCCCAGCUUCACAAGCUUUGCGGAGUGACUCCCAAGCGACCCUUGGUUCUUGUGCACCCUUUAGGACUGGCUCAAGAUAAGCGUCCACAUUUUCCGCCAAAAUUCUCAGGACACGCUGCUUCAAUUUACUUUGAAUUGCAGCCUUCUCCCCCUUUGCUUGUAUAGCAACAGGCUGUGGGGUCUGGACUAAGUCCCACAAUUGCUCUCCCACCAGCAAGAAUUCCAUUGCAAAAGACCAUUCUAGCCAGUUUUGGCUAUUCAGUUUCUGAGAGAACAGAGCCAUCUUUAAUCCCAAGCUGCAGCUUCAGCUACAAACUGGAAAAUCCAAAAGUCUAUUGGGCUGUUUACAAGCUGCUUGCACUUGGCAGUCAGCCCAGCUGCCUGGAAUUUUCCCUUUCCGAGAAUCUGUAAACAACAAGCCUUCGCUGCAAUCCAACAGCUAUCAGCAAGCUGCGCUCUGCUUGGAAAGUCCCCUUUCCAACAGUUUGUUUACAACAAGCGUCACUGAAAAAAAAAACUCAGCCUUGCUUUCGCUUUUGAAGCUUCUUUUCUCUCUAUGCUCUUUAAGCUAACCAGCCCAUAAAUUUAGCUCAAAAAGUACUCACGACCUGUCGCUUAGCAACGGAACUUCUUAUCAGCUCUGGAAUGCGAAGUAUUUGGCCUCUCUCCGCUCUGUUUUAUCCAAAACAGGAGCUUUUUUCUCAGUGAACCGAAGACUUUUCAAUUCGCGUUCACCAUCCAGCCAUAAAUCAGCAUCGCAGAGGUCCGUGGAUCGCUGCUUAUCAGCAAAAAAAGUCUCCCAUCUGGUGCUCAGCCGUCUUGUUGCAACCAUCGGGCUCUGCUACCACUUGUCGUUUUGCAAGCCCCCUCCACAGAGGCUGGCCCCUCUCACUGUCCUCAGAGCUUGCUUACCGGUAACCUCCUCUGGCUGAUAUCCAGACAGACCAGGGAGAUUUUGAUAGGCGACAUUUUCCCAAGCGUGGGUAAAAUGCACAACCCCUCCCUCCUGCUUCCGCAGGGGAAAGAAAAUAAGUCAGAAAUCUAUUUACAUGAUGUUUAUUUCUGACAUUCCAGCACUACAGAAAAACACGUCCUUUCAGUUCAGUUCUUCUAGCAAGUCUGACAAACUUCCUGAACAUGCGCACACAGAAGGUUUCAAGUUACACUCUUCACAAAGACUUAUCCAGCCUGUGAACGUCCUGGGAAACUCUUCUUUCCCACAGAUAGGCGCAUCAUGUGAUGUCAACAAUCUGGCUGUCUGCAGCGGUGAUGUUUCCAUAUACUGACAUGUUGUACCCCCACUCAGACAUCUGAAUAGGCCUGCUAUUUAUAAACUCUGUUUUAUGUGCUAUUUUAAUGAAUACCAGGUACUAUUUGUAUGUAAAACACUUAGAGACAUUUUUUGAUUGAGCAAUAUAUUAAUCUUGUUAAAUAAAUGAGAAAAUGGUUGCAAAUCUAUUGAUGAAGGCAAAGAUGGAAAUGGAAAUAAAUAAAUGACACUUCAUUUAAAUAACUGUAUUCGUUAUCAGAACGAACAUUUCAGAAAGUCAGAUAUCCUGUAAUUUCUAUAAAUUAUGCUGGAGUAUAAUGAAGUAUAACCUCCCCCAACCCUAUUUUCCUUCCCUAUUCCUGCCUUGAUUUAAAGAUGAGAUUCAUGCAAAAAUGCAGUUAAAGUGGAUCCACCAUAAAGGGGCCCUCUAUUUCCUUGAAAACAAUGAAAGGACGUGGGAAGGUGCAAGAGACUUUUGUGAAGAUGAAAAAGCCAUGUUGAUUUGUAUUGAAACUCAAGCUGAGGAGGUGAGUAGAACACUGAAAUGCAUUAAAACCAAGGGCACCAUCUUCUGAGAUGGUACAGUCUCAAGCCGGGAUAAAUGUAUGUCGAUUGGUUGAAGAGUGUGGGAGGAGAUUAUGAGCUGCUGUGUGAGGUGAGAGCUCACAACAGGGGACAUAAGGUCUCCUUGCAUAGGAGUCUACACUACCCCAGAUAAGAGAUGAGGUGAAGCCCAUGGGUGUCUGAAGACUGACUCUCUGAUCCAAACUACAUCAUCUGCAGCAAGGUGAUGGGCAAAGCCUUGAGGGUGAUGGCAUUUUCUAUUACAGUGGUACCUCGGGUUACAUACGCUUCAAGUUACAGACUCCGCUAACCCAGAAAUAGUACCUUGGGUUAAGAACUUUGCUUCAGGAUGAGAACAGAAAUCGUGCUCCGGUGGCACGGCGGCAGUGGGAGGCCCCAUUAGCUAAAGUGGUGCUUCAGGUUAAGAACAGUUUCAGGUUAAGAACGGACCUCCGGAACGAAUUAAGUACUUAACCCGAGGUACCACUGUAUGUUGCUAAUGCUAGUGGAUUUCAUAGUGGAUUGGAAAUGGUAUGAAGUACAGUGGUACAGUGCCAUCCGAAUCUGUAAUCGAAUCCUUUCAGAUCUAAGAGAUCUGUAUUUUCUAAUAACAUCCAAUCCCUCAACCAACAAAGGCACGAAGCCUCGUAAUACAAUUUCAAAUCUGACCUUGAAUUCAUAACACCACCACCAGGCCAUUGGGUUGGUUGACUCGCAUCUCCAAAUUCUGAAAUACAGGCAAAGCAGAGGGGUCAAGAACUUAGCAUGUAUACCUGAGACCUGGCUGGAUGAGCUCGGUGGCCCUAUGCUGCCCCAGCUGUGUCCAUCUGGGUACUUGGUGCAGCGCCAUUCUGAGUCAGAGGGUUGUGUUGGCCAAACAGGUUAUUGGAGGCAGAAAGAAAUGAAUGGCAGUGAUUGCAGAGAUACCUAUUCUGAAUAAAUUUGUUUCUGAUGGUUCUGUUAACUAAUAAAUGAAACAAAUUGGCCUUGCGUAUUUUUAUUUUUUUAGAUCGUUGCACAAGCUGUAUGCAUAGCCUGUUCAGACAUUUACAUGAAUAUACGAAGGGAGAGCCUAUCUCUGAUGCAACUUUCUCCCUUUCCAUGCAAUUUUCACUCCUGCAGAAUGUCUGGAAGGUGCUAUUGUGUUCCUAGGUAAAAUAUGCAGUAUGAAAGGAUUUGCAAAAAGAUUCUGACCCCUCAUUCCUAGGAAAUACUUUCUGAUCUCUUUGUAGGAAUUCAUAGAGAAACAAGUCUUUCCUACAUACAAAGACCAUUGGGUUGGAGUCUAUAAUACUGGGGGAUGGAAAUGUAUUGAUGACCAGGCACCUAAAAGCACGUGAGUCUCUGAACAAAAUUAUAUUGUAGCACCCUUUCCUUCUCUGCACUCACAUUCUGCAGUCUUCCACAUGAGCCCAGUGUGGGUGGUGUCGCCUUGAUCCCCUUCAUCUCCUGACCUCUGCUUCGCAGGGUUUUUGGGGGGAUGCCAAGCAAUGUCUUUGGCUUCACUUUAUGAAAUACAUGUGGUUGGCUUUUUACUGUAGUAUUAUUCAGUGCUUGGACGCGGGUGGCGCUGUGGGUUAAACCACUGAGCCUAGGAAUUACUGAUCAGAAGGUCGGCGGUUCGAAUCCCCUCGAUGGGGUGAGCUCCCGUUGCUCGGUCCCUGCUCCUGCCCACCUAGUAGUUCCAAAGCACGUCAAAGUGCAAGUAGAUAAAUAGGUACCACUCUGGCAGGAAGGUAAAUGGCAUUUCCGUGCGCUGCUCUGGUUCGCCAGAAGCGGCUUAGUCAUGCUGGCCACAUGACCCAGAAGCUGUACGCUGGCUCCCUCGGCCAAUAAAGUGAGAUGAGCACCGCAACCCUAGAGUCGUCCACGACUGGACCUAAUUUUAUUGUAUUGCAUUCUAUUGUAUUGUCAAAAAAAAUGAUAUAUAUAAAGGUCCUUUUAACCUGUUUAGGUGUUUAGCAUAUAUGAGAUCCAGUACACUCUUGGAAGGCACAAGUAGACCUCAGACAACCAACGCUGGAUUUUCUCUAUAGCAUUGCUUUAUUGAUUAACAAACAUGACAAGACAGGGAACAUGCACUCAAUCACACACACAUCCAUACAUUUCCCAUACUCACCACUCUACACUGGAUUGAUCAGACCCAGUAAGAGUCGCGAGUGACUGGACGACAGCUGUCAAUGUCUGGCACACAACUGAGGCUGGAGGGCUUUGCAAUUUAUACACAAUGUUGUCUAUCUGAUGCUUGGCAACUGCUGAUGCUUACACAACUCCUUACUCCUUGUUGUUGGCAUGUUUUUGGCAUCUCACAUCCUUGUCCUUGGCAUCAUUUCACAAUUCUUAUCUGAUCUGAAUAUUGUGUAAAGUUGUAUAGCCCACCUCCAAGCCUCCUUGGGCGUACCGUUCCUGGCACAUGCUGUUUUUGCCAAAACAUUAUGAUGUUUUCCACAUUCCAUGAGCUCUUAUACAAAACAGUUCGUGAUCAGUUCACUGACAGUUCAAAGACAUUGCAUCCAUUUUGUGGUGUUCUUCAGCAAUCUUUUUGGCCCAUGCAAACCAUACCAUUUGCUAUAUAUUAAAAGAAGAAGAAGAAGAAGAAGAAGAAGAAGAAGAAGAAGAAAAAGAAAAAGAAGAAGAAGAGGAGGAGGCCCUAUUAGCUAAAGUGGUACCUCAGGUUAAGAACAGUUUCAGGUUAAGAACGGACCUCCAGAACAAAUUAAGUUCUUAACCCGAGGUACCACUGUAAAAGCAAUGAAUGUCACUCAAAACUCAUGUUACUCAUGAUUUCAUGGUCUUCUAGUGUCCAUUUAUGACUUUUUCAACUGAUAAGACAAUUAGGUCCCUACCACAUUCACACAAACAACUAUAGUGCAAUGCAUUUUGCUGAUGGGACUGUUUUCAUCUCACUUGAGGAGGAGGGAAUAGGGGGGAGAUUCUACUGAUCCUUUUUCCUCAGUUGUAACUGCAAUGUACAGUAUAGACAUGUUAAGAAGCCUUUAUCAUCUAUCUAUCUAUCUAUCUAUCUAUCUAUCUAUCUAUCUAUCAUCUAUCUAUCAUCUAUCUAUCUAUCUAUCUAUCAUUUAUCAUCUAUCUAUCUGUCUAUCUAUAUCUAUCCUGCUCCCCCCAUUUUCCUAGAAUAGGUGUUAAACUAACUCACCUGUAAUUUGUUUGAUAGGGAUGGAGAACAGUAGGAAUGAUUUCCCCCUGCUGGCCGUGACAGACUGUGUCUUGAACUCUUCAGCUGCUCUACUGGAGGAAGAGUCAUCAUUCUCCAGAACAACCCUGCCUGUGGUCUACAACAGUUAGGGCCUUUUUUGAAAAAUUCAUCUUCCUUGAAUUUGUGAAGUUUUUUCACCUUCCUUCUUCUGAAUUUUGCUUUGUUCACUGCCUAUUUCUGUUCUAUUGCUGUUAUCUUUCAUGGCGCAGGUUUUCUUCCCCUGCCUUAAUUUCAGCGCUGUCUCCCACUUUGAUUUCCCUUUACUGUUCUCUCUGCUCCCUGGGGUCUUCAUCUUCUCCCUCCUCCAUCCCAUCUCCACCACAGAGACAGGAAUGUUUUGGCUUUGCUUUCACCUGGCUGGGCAUGGGAGGUUUGUUAGUGGCUUUUUCUGAAAUUGGACUUUGGUAUACCUCAUGUCUCUUAGCAUGCAGCCGCUAGUUUGAGCGUUUUUAUGACUGGUCUCCCCUUUGACAUGUCUCCGCUUUGAGCCCCAGUUUACCUGCCCUUUGAACAUUUUGAUGUUUAGGGCUGUGUUGCUGGUGGCAAUCACUUUAGCACAAAGAGUUUCAGAGUAGGAGGCCUAGUCUUCAGACCUCCAAGUCUGCAUUUUUCAUCAAGGUAGCCACCUCAGCUACCUGUAAUGGUAAUUUUCCCAUUGUGGAUCUUUGUGGGGUGACAACAUGGGCUUCCCUGUGAAGCUUUGUAAAGCACUUUAAAUUGGCUCAGGGACGCAGGUGGCGCUGUGGUCUAAACUGCUGAGCCUCUUAGGCUUGCUGAUCAGAAGGUCAGUUGUUCGAAUCCCCGCGACAGGUUGAGCUCCCGUUGCUCGGUCCCAGCUCCUGCCAACCUAGUAGUUCGAAAGACACCAGUGCAAGUAGAUAAAUAGGUACCACUCCGGCGGGAAGGUAAAUGGCAUUUCUGUGCACUGCUCUGGUUUCGCCAGAAGUGGCUUAGUCAUGCUGGCCACAUGACCCAGAAAAACUGUCUGCGGACAAGCACCGGCUCCCUCAGUCUGUAAAGCGAGAUGAGCGCCACAAUGCCAGAGUCGUCUGCGACUGGACUUAACUGUCAGGGGUCCUUUAUCAUUACCUUUUAUAAAAUAGGCUCACUUUCAUCUGCUGAUGCAGUAUUUGAGGAUAAGGCCCUCCAGAGAGCCUUGCCACAAUAGGUGGAUGCCAAGGAAGGCCUCCUUGGACUGAGGAACACUACCCUGGUGUUUGCCUACCAGGAGUGUCUUCCAUCCUUAAGAGGCAAAAAUGGAAAUUUUACUUAUCAUUAAUUUCUAUUUGAUGAUAAGGAUGAGGACAUCUGCCUACCUCUCCUUCCUCUGUGCCCCCCCAGCAGGUUUUCAUGGCUUAGGGCUUCUGUCAGUGCCUUAUAGCUUUCAAACGUUGUUUAGAAUUUUAGUGUCUUGUCUUGCCUUGUUUGCCUUUCCUCCUCAAAUGUUUUCAGGGCUGUUUCCUCUUUCAUCUGUGUCUCUCAGCGCUCUUUCUUUGAAGUUACACCUCUGAAUGGACAGAUUCCAUUUUUCAAGUUGUGAUUUUUUGGGGUCGAGGCCUUUGCUUUGCCAGUUGAGAGGGAUGGCAGCAUGAUUCUCCUUGCCUACCAGAGACGAGCUGAAGAACUCAAGACCCUGUCUGUCACGGCCAGGAGGAAUUGUCAUCGGCACCAGGAAAGUCCUCUGUUCGUUUCAUCAGAUAGGGAUUUGCAGUAUGUAAAAAUUCCAUUUUUCAAAGUUCCCCGUUGAUCCCAUUUAAGAAAUUGUUGCUGCGUUGGCUCCUUUACAGUCUGCAGGUACGGAAGGUGAUUUUAGGCUAGGAGAGAGCAGACAUCCAGUCUGAAUUGACUACUGAUUAGUGCUGCCAUUUGUUUUUAGAUUCUGGAGGACUGGUAUGCCAAGCCUGACCGUGCCAAAUCCCUGUGUCUAUAUAAUAGGUUUCUGCCGGGAUUCAAGAGGCUGUUGGGAAGACACCAACUGCAGGGUCCGAAAACGGAGCAUAUGUAAGAAGAAGCCUGAUAAAAGAUGGUACACAUGAAGCCCUUGAAACUGGACUCCACAAUCUCUCCACUAAAACAAAGACAAUGCAUCGAUCCCUCCUUUAAAGAGUCAACUAUCCAGGUUGUGGAAUUAGGACAUUUAUGAGCUCAGGUCUUUGACAUCAACAGUCAAAAGCACUUUAUCAAACCUGGUUCCUCCAUGCUGGAAAAAAGACACUUUAUUUUGCAACUACAAAAACUUGGACCUCCAAUAAAAUAAAGUGUGGAAGAGUUCAGUCAUAGCCUGCUUCAAGUUGCAAUAAACUAAUUUGGUAAAUCUA